UUUGCAAAAAUAAAAUUCCCUAUGUAAGAGAAAAAAGAUAACAAACCUUCACAUUUAAAAAAAAAACCAUCUUCUUCAUUUUUGCUCUUCAUUUUUGGGGUUGGGCAUCUUCUCACCAUUGGAGGAGAUUUUGAAGCUUUGAAGUGAUUCUUGGACACUUGGUGGAACAUUUCUUUACUAUGGAUGCGUUAUAGCGAUUAUUAGGGGGGUGAACAACGAGUAGACGAGGACCUUCUUCAACUUUUGUUUGAAGAUUGUCCAGCGUCGCCCCCACACAACUCGUUUGGGGACGAGGGGCUUAGUAGUGUGUCAGAGACGCCCAGCCACCUCUACCGAGAGAGAAUAGGUGGUGAAGCAUACAACAGGCAUAUUUGGGAGCUUGAAAAAGGGAUACGAUCUUAUCUACCCCGAGAGUGGACAUAACACUCUUCCUUUUGGUGAGGUCAAUAUUCUAGUAGGGGUGCCCAUCGGCCCGUCAGGGGGGCUUCCCUUGGCCGAGACUGCUAUAACCACCGCAAAACUACCUACCAUGUUGAACGCUAUGGCUCGCACUAAAAAGAAGAGUUGGGUUAGCUCUUCUGACAGUUCCCAUAUGGCGGAGGUCAUUACUAAACGGAGGGUAUCUGACGAUGUUGAGACUGAUUUUGACGAUGGAGGCAUGGAGGAGAUAGUCAAAGAGUUUGAGAAGUGGGUGGAAGAGGAAGCCAAGAAUACCCUUUACAAAGCCGCUAAAGAGAAAGAACCAACCAAGGGUUCCCAACCAGCCACUCUCAAAAUCAGUGAUUUUGCCCCUAAAGUAAUUAAGGAAGUUCGCACUUCCCGCUUCAAAACCAAGCAGACCCCCUUUGUGGCCCCUUCUAGCAGUCUCACCGAGACCCAACUCCAAUAUGUGGAGGAGUUGACUGUGAAUGGCAAGGAUUGCCAGUUAGUACUCUUCAGAGAUUCAUGACUGUCCAGGCAGUCUUUAAUCCCGUAACUUUACUUUUGAGACAUUUAUGUCUUUAACCUUUUUACUUGGCCAUCGGGGCCUUUAUCUUUAUAUAUGGUUUUGGCUUUAAAUGUUGACUUUUGUUUGGCGUGAGCCACAUAGCGUGGGUAUUUAUCUAUAGUCAACCAUUCACCACACACAAGUUGCUCAAAACAUUGAGUAUUGCACCGACACUUUAAAAAUUUAAUUUUAAUAUCUACUUAAGCGAGGGUGAAUUUUUGCUUACUAGUCCAUAUAUGGGUGUGGUUGCCCCCCAAGUGACUAUGCAGGUUUACCUCUU